AUGACUGCUGCGCUGAACGAAGUGCUGAGGCAGACUCUGGACAACCUCUCGGGGGGCGAUUUUAAGAGGUUUAAGCGCCACCUUCGAGAUGAGUACCGAAUGCCAUGGGGAAAGCUGGAGAAGGCCGACACAGAUGAUGUCAUGGACUUGAUGGUGCAGGUGUACAGCAUGGAGGCUGGGGGCGUCAUGUUGACCAUCUUGCAGAAGAUGAACCACAACCAGCUGGCCAUGGACUUGGAGAGGGAUCUGGCAAAAUGUUAUGGUGCAGCAAAAUCCAUACUGAAGCAGAAGCUCAAAAUCCACUUAAGAACAAAGUUUUCAGCUGUACAUCAAGACCAUGAAGUUAAAAAUCUCGACGAUAUCUAUACUGACCUUUACAUUGUUGAGGGCUGCACAGGUGGGGUCAACAGUACACACGAAGUGUCGACAAUUAACAUGAAACAAAUUGGGAGAGGAUCAAGCUUUGACAAGCAUGUUCAGUGGGAAAACAUGUUCACUGACAGGCAGAUCACAAAAGUCUUGACUUUGGGAAUUGCUGGUGUGGGAAAAACAGUUGCAGUGCAGAAGUUUGUCAUGGAUUGGACUGAAGGAAAAACAAAUAGAGACAUUGACUUUGUUUUUGUUCUUUUGUUUCGAGAGCUGAACUUAUUGAAAAAACCCUACACAUUUCUUGAACUCCUCCUUGAAUUCUACACUGAACUCAAAGAUUUGAGAGAUUUACCUCAAUUCACUGAAUGCAACAUCAUUUUGGUCCUUGAUGGUCUGGACGAAAGCAGGCUCACACUAACAUUUGAAAAGUGCAUUAGUGAACUUGAUGAAAAGUCUUCUGUGGACGUUCUUAUGACAAGUCUCAUUAAGGGCAAGCUACUGAACUCUGCACACAUCUGGGUUACAACCAGACCAGCAGCGGCCAGUCUGAUCCCAGAUGAGUGCUUCAACUUGGUGACAGAGGUGCGAGGAUUCAAUGAUGACCAGAAAGAUCAAUUCUUUCAGAAGAACAUAAACAAUCCUGAGAAAGCUGAUGAACUCAUUACUCAUGUCAAGAAGAAUAGAAGCCUCCACAUCAUGUGUCACAUACCAGUAUUCUGCCGGAUAAUAGCCAGUGUGGUAGAUGCCAUACUGGGGGAUCAGAGCAAAGAAGAACAAGCCACAACUUUGACAGAAACAUACACACAGUAUUGUGUGUCUCAGAUGAAACGAAUGAAUGCAAAGCACUUGGACAAGAAAAAGGCGAUGAGUGAAAAGAAAAAAGGGAUGCUCCUUGUUAAGCUUGGGAAACUGGCAUUCAACAAUCUGGAGAAAGGCAAUCUGAUAUUCUAUCAGAAAGACUUUCAAGAUUGUGGUAUUGAUGUCAAGUCUGGAUCAUUACAGGCUGGAGUUUGCACAGAGAUUUUCAAAGAGGAGUAUGCUGUAGCUGAAGAGAAAAUAUUCAGCUUUGUGCACCUAAGUGUACAGGAAUUCUUGGCAGCUCUUUAUGUUCUUCACAAAAAUUCUACUUGCUAUUUGAGAAAUCGCAUCCCUGAGGCAUGGAGGAAGACACACCAGUGGGGACAUUCACCCUCAAGGUUUGACAUUUACCAGUUUGCUGUGGACAAGGCCCUGCAGAGCCAGAAUGGACAUUUGGAUCUUUUUGUGCGCUUCCUCCUUGGCCUUGCACCAAUGUUAGAGCCUCAGAUCAGGUUCCCCCUGAAUAAGCUGCUGCCACAGUUAGCAAUCAGAGAAACAAGCAUCAAGAACACAGUUCAAUACAUCAAAGAAGUGAUCAAGAGAGACUACCCACCAGAACGGACCAUCAACCUCUUACACUGUUUGAAUGAGCUUGGGGACAACUCACUGGUUGAGGAGAUCCACAGGUACAUAAAUUCAGCAGAUGAGAAUACGAAUCUGACUCCAGCCCAGUGUUCAGCUCUGGCUUAUAUGCUGCUGAUGUCAACUACAGACAUGGAAGAGUUUGAUCUGAAGAAAUAUCUGAAAUCAGAGGAAGGGCUCCACAGAAUGCUUCCUGUAGUGAAGGUUUCAAAGAGAGUUUGGCUGAAUCAGUGUCACCUCUCUAAAGCAAGCGGCAUAGUGUUAGCAUCAGUGCUGCAAAGUACACCUUCCCAUCUGAGAGAGCUGGACAUGAGUGACAAUGACCUGCAGGAUGAAGGAGUGGAGCUGCUCUGUGUGGGACUAAGAGAUCCACAGUGCAAGCUGGAGAUACUGAGAGUGUUUGAGCUGUCGACGCAGUUCAAACACUAA